AUGAAAGGACGUAAGAGUUCUGCAUCAAAAUUUGAUAGAUAGGAGUUUGAUUAGAGAACAUUAAGUGCUGCAGUAAAUUUGAUUGUAUAUGGGUGUCAUGUUCAAAAAUAUAAUAAAUCGAAUAGAAAACCAAUCUCUAGAUUAUAUUAUUUAUAUGAGGAAGAUAUGGAUUAUUUGUAAUAUCUACAUGCUGGCAGACCUUUUGCAUAAUGUAGAAUCCCCUUAUUAGAUAUCAUUGAAUUAAGAGAAAUUUCAACAUCAGAAUAAUUCUAAAACCUACCUUAUCAAAGAACUCUAUAAAUUACCUUUGCAAGUAAAAAGCAUACAAUUUUAUUUAAUACAAAGGAUGAAAGGGAUUUAUUUUGGUAAGGUUUGUAAUAUUUUAUUGAUGUUGCAGAACACAAUUUAAUAAGAGAUAUAAAAAGCACAAAUGAUAAACCAAUAGUUGAAUAAAUCACUUUAAAAUAAAUUAAAGGAAUGCUUCCUUAAUUGUCAAUCACAAAAUAAGAAGUAAGUAUUUCUAAAUGUAUUCACAGCUAAAAAGUCUUUUUAAUCAAUACGAUUUGGAAAGAAGAGGAUACAUUUCAAAUUCUAAUUAUCAAGAUUUACUAAAGAGAUUAAUGAAUUAAGAUUUUGUACGAUUUCUAUUUGAUAGAUAUGCAGUGUAAUAAAUGAACAAAUAAGAAUUUAUUAAAUUCUUAACAAAUGAAUAAUUUCCAUAUCAAAAAUAAUGUGAAGAUGCAUUUAGAUUAUUUGCUUAAUAAGAUGGAAAUAAUUUUUCAUUAUCUUUCUUAGAAUUCUUAAAUUAUUUAUUAAGUACUUACAAUUAGUUGUUUGAUUAUUAGAAAACAUAAAUCUAUUAAUCUGAAGAUUUUCCUUUAACUGAUUAUUGGAUUAAUUCUUCUCAUAAUACUUAUCUAAUGGGAGAUCAAUUGACAAGUGAAAGUUCCAUUUAAGCUUACAUAAAUGCAUUUCAAAAGGGUUGUAGAUGUGUAGAAUUAGAUUGUUGGGAUGGAGAUAAUAAUCAACCAAUUAUUUAUCAUGGAUUUACAAUGACUUCUAAAAUUUCAUUUGAAUCUGUUAUUGAAACAAUAAAAGAAUAUGGAUUUAAAUAUUCCAAAUAUCCUUUGAUUCUAUCUCUUGAAGUUCAUUGUUGUGUUAAAUAAUAAGAUGUUAUGGCAGACAUUUUAAAAACAUAUUUAAAUGAUAAUCUCCUACUUUUACCAGAUGAUUAUAAAUCUUCUGAAUAUUAUCCUAAACUUAAUAAAUUAUAUUAUAAAGUAAUCAUAAAACAUAGAGGUAAAAUGAAAUCUAGUCUAUAAUAUAGAGAAAGAUUUAUAACUAUAUCUCCUAUAAAUAUAAUUCCACCACAAUUUGAAGAAUCAGAUGGUCCAGAUAAAAAACCUAAUUUAUUUAUUUAAGGCGAAUAAUAAUUGAAUACACCAAGUACAUUAAAACCAAGAUCUUAAAAGUCUUUUAAGAGACAAGAUAAUGGAUUACCUAUUAAUCAAUAUAAAAAUAUUUCUAAUCCUUUCUAAAUAGAAGAUGAGAUGAAACCAAAUAAGAUAAUACACAAAACAAAGACAGAAACUACAUUAAGACCUAAAUAUAAAAUAUAAAAUAUUGAAACACAACUUUAAUUUGAUGCACCUAAUCCCAGAUUUUAAAUAGUUCAAGCACCAUUAAAAGUAGAUUCUGAUGAAGAAAUAUCUAUAGACAAAGCUAAAAAAGAGAAAGCUGAAAGUCUUAAGAUGAGUUCUAUAACAACUUUAUUUGGUGCAGAAAUUAAAUAAUAAAAUAGAACAGUUUGGGAAAUCUCAUCUUUGGAUGAAAGUAAAGUCAAUGAAAAUCUACUUGAUUUUCAUAGAAAGUACUUUACUCGAAUAUAUCCAUCUGGUUCAAGAGUUGAUUCUAGUAAUUAUGAUCCUAUACAAGCUUAUAAUAGUGGAUCAUAAAUAGUGGCACUCAAUUUUUAAACAAAUGAUAUGCCUAUGUUAAUCAAUAUGUGUAAAUUUAUGGAAAAUGGUGGGAUUGAAUCUGGAUAUGUAUUGAAACCAUAAUGGAUGAGAUCAGAUGGAAGAAAAAAGAUUAAUGAAUUUACUUAAAUUCAAUUAUCUUUCACUCUUAGUUUAUUAGUUGGUUAUAAUCUUAGAUAAUUAUAUGUAUUUUAAUUCUUUUUAUUAAAAGGAUUAAAAUGCUAAAGUUAAUCCUUAAAUUAAAAUUUCAAUAAGAGGUCUAUUAUAGGAUGAAUAAAAUAACAAACCGUAAAUUGCAACCAUCUCACAAAGUGGAUUAAACCCUCAAUUUAACUUCAUUUAUAAGUAUAAUAUAAGAUGCCCAGACUUGGCAUUUUUGAUAUUUGAGGUACUCGAUGUUAGCAAGACAUUCUUAGGAUGGAGUGCUAUACCUCUCUCAUGUAUUUCUUAUGGUUAUAGGACUGUUUAAUUAUUGAGUUAAUACUUGAAGCCAUUGCCUAAGAGUUGCCUCUUCGUUCAUGUUCAAAAACAUUGACUGAAACUUUUAUAAUUAAUAUGUUUAAUAAUAUUAAGAGAAACUUGACAAUCUUUAAUAAAGACAUCGUUGAAUCAUCUUGGCUUAAAAGCUUGAUUGAUGAUGUUCCUAAGACUAAACACAUUUAAGUAGUGUUUAUUCACUAAUUUUCAAUUAGAUACUUCAUAAAUGUUUAUAAGGGGAAUAUACUAAUGUUGAUCCUAAAGUAGCACUACGAAAGAUUUCAAAUAGAUUGCAAUAUUCUCAAAAACCUUUAAAUGCCCUCAAAUCUCUAUAUUUGGCACAUGUUUUAAAUAAGUUUUUGAUAACUUAAUUGACAGAUAAAAUUAUUGAUCAAUAGUCUAAAGAUCCAGCAGAUGUCUUAAUGGCUUCUGUUGCUUAUUUAUAUUAUUCUUAUCUUAAAUCAUAAAAAAACACUUUUGAAAAGAUUGACAGCAUUUUUAAAAUGAAUAGAUAACUUGAAGUUUUAAUGUUAAAGACAAAUAUUCCUAUAAUAAAGGAAAUAAUCAGCAUCCUUAUGAUUGACAUAAUAUCUCUAUAUGAAUCACUUGAUGAGAAUGAUGAUUAAGAAAAAAGAAUUCGAGCAAUGAAAUAAGUCAGAAGAUUUAUUGAUUUAAAAGGAUAUUUAUAAAUGAAUUAAGAAUUAUAAAAUAAACUGAACAAACUUAAUUUCUAAGAAAUCAAGUAAUAAAAAUUAAUUGAAAUUAAAAUUUGUAAAACUAAUCCAAACAAUUAAGAAAUUUAAACCCAUCAUAAUGAAUUUAAUAAAAAGCAACUCUCAAUAUAAAUUAAUGAUAGUACAUAUUUUGAAAAUCUUCAAUCAUGUCAAGAAUACACAUAAGAAAGAAGAAUGAGUCUAUAAACAAGAACCAUAUCAAACUAAAAAGGAAUAGUUUAAUCUAAUACUAGCAGAGCUUCCUCUAUGAGAAAUAACUUCUUUGUCCCAAAAUAAGGUCCAUUAUCUUUUUUGAUUCCAAAUUGA